UGCUGUGUGCGAUAGGCGCCGUCUGGCUCAGCGGCGUCUGGUUGACCGCGGUCCAUUGCGAGGAGACGCACGUGUAGUCUAUCCACUACCAGGCGGGCGGGUCUUCAACGUAAGAAGGUCCGACGGGGAAAACACCAGCGCCGUAAACAAAGCCAGUGUGCAGUACCGAUCCUCCAUGGGAAAUUCGCUGAGCAGUGCUGAGGAUGGAGAGACGCGAUGUGACCAUGCACUAUACGAAGAAGAAUAUGAAGCUGAACGACUGGGCCGGCUGGAGGCCGCCGCCCUGUUGAGGCGGCAGAGGCUUGUCCAGCGUCCGCGCGGACACCAGCUCGCCCAGGCAUAUGCAGUUCGCUCCUCCGUGCAGCGUGCGCCGCUCCCGGUCGCUCCCCGCCUGCCAGAGUACUGCUACCGCCACGGCUCGCGCGGGGGCUGCGUGGACGCCAACUGCCGCCGACUGCACAUUUGCCAUCUCUUCCUGGCGGACAUCUGCAAGUUCGGCGACGCCUGUCGCAACGGCCACUCGCUGACCACAGUGCACAACCAGGUGGUGUGUAGCAGGUAUGGACUAGACACCAGGCGGGAAUCGGCUGCUGUUCAAAAGCUGCGCGCUGCUUUUCAAGAAAGUGGCCGCAUGCCCGAUGAAAAUUAUCACCAAUACCUGGAGGUGUGCUUCAAAGCCGGCUCGGAAAAUUCGUGCGAUGGACAUUUUUGCAACAGACUUCACAUUUGCAGACGUUUUUUGGCGGGAAACUGCACGAGACCGGUGUGCAGGUUCGGACAUGAUCUUCACACCACGCACAACAACAGCGUUCUGAGUCGUCACAAGGUGACCAAGCUACGUGAUGCUGCAAUUCUGAGCCUGCUUCGUGAGAAGUACCCGGCACGACAAGAGCAGGGUGGUGGAGGUUCUGUGGCUGGCGGGGGACCCCGGCAGAGACGCGAGCAGCAGCGUGGCGCUGCCGGCGGUGGAGACCAGAUCAAAGCCAGAGGCAGCGGAGGACAGGCUAGCGGUGGAGGCCAGAUGAAGGGCAUUGCCGAGGAGCUGCAGUGUCCGGUCUGUCUGGACAUGCUGCAGAGAGCCACCACGCUCGGCUGCGGACACACCUUCUGCGAGGCAUGCCUGCAGGAGGUCCGCGAAAACGACCCCAAGUGUCCGAUGUGUCGUCAGCGUAUAACUUCUUCGAUCCGCUCCGUUACGCUGGACAACAUCAUCAGCAGCCUCGCCGCCCACCGCUGACGCCUGAGGACCAGCGAGGCUCAGAGAUUUGGGUAGCAUUAAGGAACUCUCAAAGAUAACUGCAUACGUUACGUGUGAGAAGGAAGCCUUCAGCAGCAACCGAACGUGGUUUGCGAUAAUCCCAGAAGUCUGGAGGCUCGCGUUCUGUCGUGGUGCACUGGACCUCAUCCACGCAGCAUGCGGGAGCACGCGGUUGUUCUAGCUCAUCCACGUAUGCUUCGGAUGUCAUUCUGGGACUUGUGAGACGUUCGAGUUGUCAAGAAGCCAGCAGGUCGCUGGUAACGGCGAUGACUUAAGUGGGAGGUUUUGUCUCCUUGGAAGCGAUCUCCUGGCCAAAGCGCCGGUUGAGUGAUACACAGAGCCGCGCCGUCCUGUGACGGCGGCCAACGCCGAGUCGCAGCAUCGUAGCUUGUUCGAUGCGCUUUGACCCGGACCUCACCGGUCCACAAACGGCGCCGCUGGCAUGGUAAUAGUUUCAAUGCAAGGGGUAGAGCGGAGUCAUGUCCGCGGCCACCUCAGCAUACACGCAGUAAUUUGUGAGGGAUGCUUUAUUACAUGCACUUCAUCGCGAAAACUGAGCACGUGUCACUUCUAUCCUGUACGGUAUGUUGUGAUUUGGCGAUAUCUAAGUACGCGCCGACGUUAUCAAUAGAAUGCCAGCCGGCACAGGAUGAGUGGUCGCUUACGCUUUGCUACCUAUCCAGACCAAGUGGUGUUUUUGUAGCAUCGGCCGCCGUGUCCAUGCCAGCCUUGAUGGACGCGGCAGUUACGCAUGCUGGUGCUAAUCAGUGUGACGGACCACCGACUCGGAGCAUCCGACCAGACGCCGUUGCCGUGACCCGUGCGGGACAGUCGGAGCGGGGCGGCUGUACUCGAGCACCUGUCGGCUGACACCUGGCAAUACACCGAGCUAUGCG